AUGGAGUAUUAGCAUAUUAUUCACGAGUUCCAAAAAAGUUUAAUGGAACAGAAGAAGAUUUAGAAAAUAUACAAGAACUGCCAAAAUCGACAGUUUUAGUGGGAAAUAUAAUAAGCAUUUUGCCAGUAGAAAAGGAUAAAUCAGGACUUAGUUUUGUCAUUAUAUUUAAUACUAUAGACAAAAUUCAUAAAUCAGAAAUUAUAAAUAACAUUAGUCUGGAAGAAUUAGAGUUAAAAAAAGAUGAGGAAGAUAAUUAAGAGGUAGAAGAUGAUAGCAAAAAAAAGAAGAAGAAAAAACUAAAAAUUACUAAAUGGAAUUUUAAAUGUGAGACUAAAGAAUAAAGAGAUAAAUGGAUUCAAUUAUUAAUAUAUCUUAAAAAGCCUGAUAUAAAUUUGA